UAGAAACUUUGCAAGAAGAAUCAACAGAUUCGACAAAACCAAAUUCCUCAUACCAGAGGUGCUAAGAGUUUGGCUAGAAGAAGAGCUGAAAUGAUGGCAAAGGGAAAAGCUGUUGAUCGAGGCAAAAUGUGGACUGAGACUCAUAAGAGAAAAGAUGGAAGUUAUGUAACUGAGGCGGCUAGAGAGAUUGGGGAGAAAAUUGAAGAAAUUCGAAGUCAAAGGCGAGAAAGUAUUCUCGAAGUUUCACCUAGUGAUGCACUUCGCAUAGUACUCGGUCCCGAACAUCCAGGCCGUGUUCGAAGGUUAGGCUUGGGUGUUGUUCCAACUAUGGCAUUCAAACAGACAUCUCGGAGAUUUAUGCAUGUUAAUGUGAGUUCAUCUAGCUCUAGCAAUCCAACUCCAAAGUGGCAGCAAGAGAUGACGAGUAUGAAAUCACAAUUAAAUGCACUACUUAGCUUAUAUCAAAGGAACAUAGGAAACAUCCCUGAAGAGUUUGCUCACUUAUUUCCACCUCCUCCACAGAAACUUUGCAAGAGGAAUCAACAGAUUCGACAAAAUCAAAUUCCUCAUACCGGAGGUGCUAAGAGUUUGGCUAGAAGAAGAGUUGAAAUGAUGGCAAAGGGAAAAGCUGUUGAUUGA